UUUUCCCCAUAAAAAAACGCGCACUUACCGUUGCCGGAUGAAUGCGCGCGUCUGACGUGUCUAGCAGCCAAUCAAAGACUUUGCUUUGAGCAAGUAGAGAAACGCUGCUCGGCAGAUAGCGUGCACGAGGAGGAGUUCGGAGACAUGAAACAGGGUAGUCCCACAUUGGUGCCAAUGAGGGCUGACUCCAAUUUCUCUGACGUCAGAGGCAUGUACAUGAGAGGGAAUGUUAAAAGCCUUCUGCGGGUCCCGUCUUCCCUCGCCGCUGUCCUCCGCGAGGCGAGCUGGACCUCCCGUCCCGGAUCCUUCUUGGCUUUAGGUGUCGUGUCUUCUGCGCUAAGAGCGCUAUUCCUUGAAAAACCAUGGCCUCCUUCAGAGCACUGAUGAUGAAGUUAUGCAGAAACCCGCAAGAGCAACAGCACGUGCGUAGACUUAACUUGUCAUCAACAAGACAGGAAGCGGUGGUGAUCUCCGGCAGGAAGCUGGCGCGGCAAGUCCGGCAGGAGGCCCAGGCGGAGGUGGAGGAGUGGGUUUCGGCGGGGAACCGGCGCCCGCACCUCAGCGUGGUCCUGGUGGGGGACGACCCGGCCAGCCACUCCUACGUCCUCAACAAAGCCCGCGCCGCCGCCGCCGUGGGCAUCAGCAGUGAGACCAUCCUGAAGCCGCCCAGCACCUCCGAGCUGGAGCUCAUGGAUCUGAUCCAAAGACUCAACGCUGACGACAGAGUAGACGGGCUGCUGGUCCAGCUGCCUCUGCCAGAUCACAUAGACGAGCGGCGCGUGUGCAACGCCGUGAUCCCAGAGAAGGACGUGGACGGCUUCCACGUGGUCAACGUGGGGCGCAUGUGCCUGGACCAGUCCGCCAUGCUGCCCGCCACUCCCUGGGGGGUCUGGGAGAUCAUCAAACGCACAGGUAUUCCCACGCUGGGCAGGAACGUGGUGGUCGCGGGCCGGUCCAAGAACGUGGGCAUGCCGAUUGCCAUGCUGCUGCACACCGACGGGCAACACGAGAGGCCAGGGGGUGAUGCCACCGUCACCAUCUCCCACCGCUACACCCCCAGGGACCAGCUCAGACGGCACACCAAGAUGGCCGACAUCGUCAUUGCCGCUGCGGGGAUCCCCAACCUGAUUACUGCUGACAUGAUCAAGGAAGGGGCGGCGGUCAUCGACGUGGGGAUCAACAGGGUGCCGGACCCUGUGACCGGCAGGGACAGGCUGGUGGGCGAUGUGGACUUUGAAGGAGUGCGUCAGAAGGCCGGCUUCAUCACGCCGGUGCCAGGGGGGGUGGGCCCCAUGACCGUGGCCAUGCUGAUGAAGAACACCGUCAAGGCGGCGCGGAGCCAGCUUCCGUCCGCUGAAGAGCGAGUGCGCGCGGCGGCGUUCUCCUAACCGCCCCCCUACCCCCCCCUUCCCUCCCGCCCGCCACUCAUUCCGCGACCUUUUCACCGAUUGGUCCCUUCCUACUCGAGGCCCCCGCCUCCACAACAUGCAAUAACGCACUGCCAAUCAACAUGGCCCGAGGACUUGAAUUCGAUAUAACUUACUUAGAUAUUGUCCCGACUUAAUCAUCCGUACAAGACCAAACUUACUGUCUGUCAUCUGUAAAAUAUUUAAGUACAGUUAGCGCUGAAAGAGGAGGAACUCAAUGUUGUCAAGGAGUAAGAUGUACGAUUACAGCCUUACAAAACAGAAUUUCACCAAACAGUCUUUCUGGCGCCUUCCAUAAAUUAGUCAAAAAGUAGUUUGGUUCGUUGCAUCUUUCCUGCACCAAUUUUGUACUAUGAGGUAGAACUAUAAUAAUAAGAGUGUAUUUUAUUUUAAACAUGUUUUUGAUCUCCUGUUAUGCUGUAAAAACCUGUCUGGAUCACCAGCUGUUUGAGUCACUUCACAUGCAGGCGCACACACACACAGGCAGGCAUGCACAUAAACAUGCGCGCACACACACACACACACACACACAAACAGUGCGCCGACACACAUUCUGACAAACACACACAAAUAGUGCGCAGGCACACACACAUACACACAUACACACACUCAGUGUGCAGACACACACACACAUACACACAUACAAACGCAGUGCAAGUUCUUUCUCUUAAUAUUUAUUUAUAUGCUGUACAUAAAAUACGAGGAGAGAAUAAAAUAGCAGUCCAAACUGGUUUUGGAUCCACAGUACGUACAGUGAAACUGUACAGAAAGCACACUCUGGUACUGGAGCGUUGUACUAACAGCCAGGAAAAGACAGACGACG